AUGGCGCUUUUUGCGCCAAAAGUUAGGAAGUGCUUAUCCUGUCAAUUCUGAAAGGAGUUGCAGUGUGAGAGGAGAUUUUGCGUCAGCAGUAGUCUCUUCAGUGCUGAAUUCAUGGACUGCAGGAGUUGAAGCGAAGAUGAAAGCGUGGUGCAGUGGGUGAUGGCAUGAAUACAGCACAUGAUACAGGGCAAAAAUUUCAAUGGCCUGCAUUGGAGGCGCAAGCAGGUAGUGCAUUGAUUUUUUUGUGAAAAUUACUUUUUACCUUUUACUCUUAUUUUUAUUUACUUGUAUUUACUUUUUAGAAAUUUUUUGGGAAUUUUUCACAAAUUUCUGGAACUUUUUUGAAGAUCUUUUAAUUGGUCCACUUAG